UGGGCCCGCGGCCCGGGGGCGGCGCUUUCCCGGAGGGGCCAGGCCGAGGCCGCGCGCGCUCCGAGCUGGCUAAGCCUGGGGGUGGGAGAAUGCCCGGGGUAUUGGGGUCACGGUGGCAUUAGCCCAGCGCAAGCCGGGUCGGGCUGACUCAGCGCGCGGCCGCGGCCCUGUGGGCACUGCCCGCCCGUGGGGGCAGAGAUGGGAGAUGGCGCGGGUGCUGGCCCUGGUGCUGCCCGUCCAGCGCCGCAUCCGUCUGGCGCAGGGCCUCUGGCUCCUCUCCUGGGUGUUGGCGCUGGCCGGAGGCCUCACCGUCCUCUGCAGCGGGCACCUCCUGGUCCAGAUCUGUCACCUUGGCUCUUUCUUGGCUCCCACCUGCCCCUUCCAUGCCCUGCCAAAGGUGGCCCUGGCAGCUGGGGCAGCGGCUCUGGCCACGGGGUUGGCGGUAGCAGGAGCCAGCCGGGCCAGCCUGGACGCUGCUCGGUACCCUCCCUGGAGAGGGGUCCUGGGCCCAUUGCUGGUGGCCGCCGCGGCGGGUGGUGGGGGUCUCUUGUUGGUCAGCUUGGCGCUAGCCCUGGCUCUGCCAGCGAGUCUGGACUCGGGGCUGGAGGAGGGCCUGGGCGCCGCCUUGGCACACUACAAGGACACAGAGGUGCUCGGGCACUGCCACGCCAAACGGCUCCUGGAUGAGCUGCAGCUGCAAAACCAGUGUUGCGGGCGUCACGGGUACAAGGACUGGUUUGGGGUCCAGUGGGUCAGCAGCCGAUACCUGGAUCCCAAUGACCCGGACGUGGUUGACCGGAUCCUGAGUAACGUGGACGGCCUGUACCUCACGGACGGGGUCCCCUUCUCCUGCUGCAACCCCCACUCACCGCGGCCUUGCCUGCAAAGCCGGCUCUCAGACCCCCAGGCCCACCCCCUCUUUGACAAGGAACCGCUCAGCCUAAACCUCUGGGUCCACGGAUGCCACGGGGUACUGCUGGGGCGUCUGCAGGGGCUGGCGAGCACACUGGGCAGCGUGCUGGCCGCCACCUGCCUGCUGCACGUUCUGGUGCUCCUGGGCCUGCGGUACCUGCAGACAGCCCUGGAGGGGCUGGGAGGCGUCAUCGAUGGAGAAGGGGAGACCCAGGGCUACCUCUUCUCGGGGGGCCUGAGAGACACGCUGAAGGCCGCGUGGGUGCACGCCGGGGGUGACCGCAGGCCCGCCCCUGAAGACACCCCCGCAGAAGAGCCUCCUGAAGAGGGUUCACCCGAAGAAUAG